AUGCUUCGCGUUCGGAUGAUGUCCGGUGGGAGCAUUGCUGCUCUGCCGCUUCGGGAGCUUUCCGAUGCGCUUGGCUGGUCAGAACAUCCGGAGCAUCCUGUUCGCUCUUUGAAGCGGCAUCUGGAGUGUCGAUGUGGUCAGUCACGAUUUCGACAAAGGCUUUUGAGUGAAGACGGAGCGACCUUGCAGGACGAUGACGUGCUCGAUGGACAUACCGAGUUGCAACUGGUGCUGUUGGAGUUUGGUCCGACAUCUCAGGACAGGGCUCUGGAGCUCGUUGCCGCUGCGACUAGCAACGACGCAACGCUCGUGGAGUUCCUGCUGCAGCGGCCCCAAGAUCCAAACCUUCCUGUCCGCGGCCGCACGCCGCUGUUCUGUGCCGCUUAUCACGGCCGCUUGGACAUCGUCCGGCUCUUGCUGGAGGCUUCUGCUGAGACAGAUAGCGCCCGCUGUGACGAUGGAGCAACCCCCUUGUUUGUCGCGUGUCAGUUCGGACACCUGGAAAUUGCACGGCUCUUGCUCGAAGCCAAGGCUGAUCAGGACAGGGACGUGAAGGAUGGCCCGACGCCGUUGAUUAUCGCCUGCCAAAGCAACUACGUUGAGGUCGUACGCCUCUUGCUCUCUGAGCGGGCAGACAGCAACAAAACCGACCCGAUCGGAGGAACUCCUCUGUCCAUGGCUUCUGCGCUUGGCUACGUAGAGAUCAUUCGGCUACUGCUGGAGGCCAAUGCUGACAAGGACCAGGCGCAGCGUGAUGGCCUGACACCUUUGUUCUUCGCAUGCCAAGGCAGUGACGCAGAAGUCGUCCGUGUCCUUUUAGAGGCGCGUGCCGACAAGAACAAGGCCUGCCAAAACGGUGUGAGCCCUCUGUCCAUGGCACGUAUGAAGCAACACGAGGAUGUACUGCGCCUACUACACGAGUUCACGCAAGAUGUAUCGAACGAGUGA